AGCUGCGUGUUCAAUUUUGGUGUGGACGAGGCGUUACUCAAAAAUGAAAAAUUUCUUCACCAUAUAGUCAGUCCGUGUGCCAUUGCUCCGUGCAAGAAUGGAGGAACGUGCCAACCUAUAGCAGGUGAUGACUUCACUUGUCAAUGCACCGAAGGAUUCUAUGGAGAUAAUUGUGAAAAAGACGUCAAUCAAUGCCUGACUUCUAAACCUUGCUUAAACGGAGCUACGUGUGUCAACAAACCUGGAAGCUACAGCUGCACAUGUCCACAAGGGCAUACUGGGAAAAACUGCGAAAAAGGCAAAUAAGAUUAUCUUUAUUUUUUGACGAACAUAUCUAAAAACCACACUGCCAAAGGCUUAAAAUAACCAGUCCUCCUUUCAAGUUGAAAAAUAUUUUCUUUGAAGUUAAGCUAUAUCACAUAGAAAUUAUUCCAUCAUUCUGAACAGCCCGAGUUUUCUAUGAGCGAAUAGCCAACGACGCGUAGAGGAGUUGACUAUCGCUCACAGACAACAAGGGCGAGUAGUUUCAUUGUUUUAGUACACACUCUCAAGGAUUACAGGACAAAACCUCCAGCAAUUUUCCCGUAU